GAAUCGGACGACAUUUGAUGCGCCUUCACCGCGAGUCUAUCAAGAAACUCCAUUUAUUCCAUCAGAAGUCCAAGACAUUUAGUCUAUAAAUAGCAAAUGGUAAAAAACGCGCCUCCGCGCCGAAAUAAAUGCAAAUCAUCCGUCUGGACUCAAAACUGGAAAAUAAAACAAAGAUCGCCGCGUUUUCGACCACUUCUCACACCAAAUUCAGAGGGCCAUGGCGGCAGCAACAUCAAGUUGCCGCUGCAACAAAAACAACGCGCUUAGUUGCAACAAUGGUCGCGACAACAAUAACAAUGCCUGCGAUGGCAGCAGCAGCAGCAGCAACAUCCAAUGCUGCUUGAAAAAGGUGCGCCUGGCUGGGGCUAUUGGAAUUUAUUUUGGUUCUACAGCAACUGCAACACUAAAAGCUGCAACAGCAGCAGCAGCGGCAGCAGCAACAACGUGCAACAAGCAUCAACAGGUGAUUCGCCUGAAUGUUGCACGAAAUGGGCAAAACAAAUUCGAGGAAAAAAUCAUCUUAAAUGCUUCUGCCGAAGAAUUUGAGUCUGUUCUUUUAAAUGUUAAUUUUUUUUAUUUCGUCUUCUACUUGCCUGCAACAAUUCAAUAAAGUUUAAAAUGUC